AUGUUACGUUUAUCGAGACUUCCAAUACAAGUGCUGGGUAGGACCCGAUCCACUCCAACUGUUUUACCAAGAUUGCUAGCUUCGGCCCAAUCAUCAUUUCUAUGUUUCGAUAAAUCGUUUCACACUAAUGUUGUAGCACAGUCUGGAAUGGACCGCUCAUUUGGUCGUAGUAACGAUAGAGGUGGUGGUAGAACUGGAGGUUAUAAUUUUAAUAACACUAGUGGUGCUCGUUAUAACCGUAAUAGACGUGAUGGUUUCAAUAAUAACAGGAAACAGUUCCGUAAACCUGUUAGAAGGGAUGAAGAUGAAGUACAUUUCGAUGAAGCCACUAUGGCUAAGUUGAUCCACGUUCCAAAGGAUGCUGCUGCUGAAGAAGUAACUUUGGAUCAAAUGUUAGAAGAGAAACUAUUAGACAACACAUUACAUAAAUCCAUAUCUCGUAUGGGAUUCGACGGGUUGACUCCGGUGCAACAAAAGACUAUUAAGCCCAUUGUACAAGAUGAAGAAAACGAUGUUAUUGCUAGAGCUAAAACAGGUACUGGUAAGACAUUUGCUUUUUUGAUUCCAAUCUUCCAACAUUUAAUUAACACAGACAGGGAUUCUCAAUAUAUGGUUAAAGCUGUUAUUGUCGCACCUACUAGAGAUCUUGCAUUACAAAUUGAAAGUGAAGUGAAAAAGAUACAUAAACAUAAUUAUGGUUUGAAGAAAUUCGAAGCAGUUGCAUUAGUUGGUGGUACUAAUUUUGAUUCAGCUAUGAGAAGAAUGAAUAAAUUAAGACCAAAUAUCGUCAUUGCCACUCCAGGUAGACUAUUAGAUGUGCUAAGCAAACAAGGUGAUAAAUUCUUCAAAUAUGUCGAUUUUAAAGUAUUGGACGAAGCAGAUAGAUUAUUGGAAAUCGGAUUUAAAGAAGAUUUGGAAGAAAUAUCAAAUACUUUGAAUGGAUUGAACGGGAAAGGUCGUGAUCAUAUUAGAACUUUGCUAUUUUCUGCAACUUUGGACGAAAAAGUUCAAAGAUUGUCUAAUUCCAUUAUGAAUAAAGAAAGUUGUCUUUUCAUAGAUACUGUGGAUAAGAAUGAACCAGAAGCUCAUGAAAAGAUCGAUCAAUCUUUAGUGAUCUCUGAUAAAUUUUCAGAUAAUAUUUAUGCUGCUAUUCAACAUAUUAAAUCUCAAUUGGAACUAUCCCCAGGCUAUAAAGCUAUUCUUUUCACCCCAACUGUCAAAUUCACCAAAUUUAUUUCUCAUAUUUUAAGAAAAGAAAUUGGAAGAGAAUUACCUAUCUUAGAAUUCCAUGGUAAAAUCGAACAAAGAAGAAGAACUAACCUAGUUAGAGAGUUCAAAGAACUUAAAAAGGGUAUUUUAAUUUGUACCGAUGUCGGUGCUCGUGGUAUGGAUUUCCCUAAUGUUGCAGAAGUACUACAAAUUGGUGUUCCAUCAGAGUUGUCUAAUUAUAUUCAUAGAAUUGGUAGAACUGCUCGUAGUGGUAAAGAAGGUAAGUCGACAAUUUUCUUAUGUAAAGAUGAAUUACCAUUUAUUGAAACAUUAGAAGAAAGAAAAAAUAUAAUCAUCAAGAAUAAAUUAGAUUACAAGACUAAUGAAGGUAUUUCAAAGGAGUUCGCAUCCAAGAUUGAUGACCCAUACGAACUAUCUGACACAUUAUUAAGUUUGAUCUCCUUCUACAGAUCUGUUAUUAAGGAAUAUGGUUUCGAUACAAGAAAAAUAUUACCUCAAUUAGCUGCAUCAUAUGGUGAAUUGUUAAAUGAUCCAGAAGAAAAAAUUUCCAUUGGGAGACAUCAAUUAGAAAGACUAGGUUUAUCAAAUAAUCCAGUUGCUCAAAAAAUGUUUAACAUAGCAUCAUCAAGACGUUUCAAUAAUGACGACAACGAUUAUGAACCAGAAAGAAAUAGAAACUCUCGUAAUAGAAAUUACGACAACGAUAAUAAUUAUCAACAGAAUAGAUACUCAAAUAAUAACUCAAGAGGUCAGAGAUUUAAUAGAUUUGGUAAUUAA